AUGUCAAGCGCAAGUUUUUGGUGCAGCGUCUGUGUUUUCAGCGUGAUCCUGGCUUUUGCUGCAGCAGCACCUCCAGAGAGAACUAAAGGUAAAUUUAACUACCGAAAGUUUUUCUCAUCCGCUUUUAACAUGAAACCCAACAAAAUGACCAAGCAAUUCAUAAGUUUUUUUUCUGACUCGAGGCUUACAUCCAGAAAGGUUCAGUCAUUAUAAUGGCACCUGUCAAUUCUUUAGGCUGGCCGUAUUUCCUUAAAGCGCUUUCAAUAUGUUAGAACUGGCCACACUGGCCUCCUACAGUUGUAAGGAGAAUUCCACUAUAAACACUACUUUCUAUUUAUAAUACUAUGCUCGGCUUAUAGGGAAAGUGUUGAGAAAAAGCUAAAUAUUUUAUUUUCAAAAUGAGCGUUCCGAUCAGUCAGUGACUUUAGGAAAGCGCCCUUCGAUCACAUUUUGGGUUUUUCGGCGUCUUCCUCCGCCCCCUAACUAUAAUUGCACGGCUCCCUGCUGAAAUAUCUACAACAAAUGUAAAUUAGCACCAAAAUCGAAUUUUACCUGCCGAUACAAAUAAUAACACAGUCUUCUUGUUUUUAACUGAAUUAAAAAAUAAAAGUUAAAACGCUAUAAGCUUUAAGAGUCCAGGUGACUAGGCGCGGCAGAACUCGAAAAAGAAAGGAAAAAUAAUCAACAAUUUGUCGGGCAAGUUUUUCUUCAGUUUAACAAGCAAAUAAAAGCCUGAUUCCUCUUGAGGAAGGAUGGAAAAUUCUCUUAUUUCUCAAUCCUGAAAUUAAUAUAGAAAGAUGUAGAGUGUAUACGUGCUAUUAACAUUCAUCCAUAAGAACUGGCAACUGCUCGGUAAGCUAAAUGCAACUACCAAGGAUAACAAAAAUCGACAGAAGUGCUAAUUCCCUUCCCUCUUUCAAUAUAGCAAAGCACGUAGCACUUGCAGCGUUUUAAACUGGCAGAAAAUAAUAGCGGUUAUGAAAUAUAUUUCUUCGAAAUUUGUUUCGUUUGGGUUGUUAAUAAUGUUUGCGUCGACUUUAGGUGUGUCACUGUGUGUCUUUAUUGAACGCACUCUUAUAAUUAAAAAGUAAAAAAGUUCUUUUUAGGAAAAUCUUUAAAAGAUAAAAGGCCAUAUAUAAAGGUCUUUUUAGAGGUCGUAAAUACUCAAAAGUCAUGUGUUGAAAAAUUACCCAUUUAAAACGUGGGUUUAUUGACUUUUAAGUUCUUAUUGCAGAAGUAGAAAAAGAUAAAAGGCCAUAUAUUAAGGUCUUCUUAGACGUCGUUAAUACUCAAAAAUCAUAUGUUGAAAAAUUGCCCAUUUAAAACGUGGGUUUAUUGACUUUUAAGUUCUUAUGGCAGAAGUAGAAAAACCUAUCAGCGAUGUACGAAAUGAAUCAAUAAUAAAUUGGCAUACAUGGCUUCAUGAUUAACCUCGUUAAAAUUUUGCUCAUUUCUAAGGAGACAAAUCUUUAAGUUCAGCUCAUCUAAUGGAUAAGAACUCGAUAUUUUAAAACUUUUCUUUUCCUUUAUUGUCUUUAAUAUUGAUCUUGUUAGGAAAUCCCCACCCGUUCUAUGAAACCCCAUAUCCACAAGAGGAAAUGGGUGAGAAGGAGGGAUUUGGAUCACCGAGCCUGAAGCGAAAUCCAGCCCCACCUGAAGACUGUACCGCUUGUUGUCAAGACUUGUGGUAAGUCACUGAGACUCGUGGCUUCUUCGGAACCGUCGCUCGCCGAAAGUCGCGGCAAUUAUCCGGACCUGGAAAGCUAUUUUAUUCGCCCUAAUUCGUUUAAGAUCAACUUUCAAACUGUGUUAAGAUUAACAUCAUAAAACAAUCGGUUACAAAUUUGUUUGUUAGGCUUUGGGUCUCUAAAACUAUAUGAGUCAGUAUUGGGAAACUCAUUGUGCCUCAUUACAUUUAAUGUGGUUGGCAUGUUCACUUGACCUUUUCAUAACAUAAUAUUUCGAUAGAACGUCGGUUGUUUUUGUAAAAUUAGUAUUUUCAAUUAUUCUUAAUUUUAAAACAUUGAAUGCCAAAUGCCACAUGCGGUUUCUUAAACUUUAACACUAUAAGACACAUCUCAAGUUCCUUGGUUUUCGCUUUUUAAUUUGUGCAUGUUGAUGCAAAAAAAAAAUUAUGCUCACCAUCUUAGCGUAUUUUCAAAUAAAUAGUUUUCAUAAAUUUUUUAACUUUAAUAUUAUCAUUAUUUUUUAUUAUCUACAGGUGUUCGUACAUCAAUACAAGAUGUCUUUGCUCUCCUCAAUGGAACAUUGGUCCGUGA